AUGGACGCUAGACCUUUUCGCUCUCGGGGGACCGAGAAUGCCAUCCAUCAGCGACACAACUCGACCGGGAAUAUCGCGAACUCUCACGCGUCAACGGCCGGUUUCCGUGGGCAGGCAAAGCGUGCAGCCUUUGGCGACGUGACUAACCUGACAAAAGCCGUGGGCGCGAAGAGAGAAGACGCAAAGGUUGUCAAGGUAAAAUCUGUUGGGCAAUUUAACCAUGCCACGCGGCCCGUGAACAAGGAGAACGUCAUUGUGUCGAAAGAUGGUCUUGCGCGUCCGGCCCAGAGAUCUGCUGCUGUUGCCAACAAGGCAAAGCGCGGCCUUGAGAACCGAGCGAACGAGCCCAAUAAGAAACUGGAACAGGCUGCUCCCCGUGAGAACGCGGUUGCCACAUAUGUUGAGACCAGGGAGGCACUCAAGAUGCAGAAUACCAACCGUGCUUCACAUGAGCGCCGAGGAUCGCAGAAGGGCUCACUUGAAACUCGCCCUCAACCGCGCCAUCAUAAGAGCCAACCUCAACUCAAACAACGGCAACCAACGCUCCGUCGGACCCAGAGCCGACAGCUAGAGAGGACAGAGACCAUUCUUGAAUCAACAAGUCAGAGUGUAACUACCGAGUCACUGGUCACAUCAUCUCCAGAAACCCAGACUGAUAGUGACGAGGCUGGUCCUGUCUUGGUGGAAGCUGCAAGCCAAUCUGUACAGGUCGAAAACCACCUCGAGAUGCCUUCUCGGCUGCCCGAGAUAUCUGAGGAAUCCGGAGUCGUGCCUGCCAAUUACGCAGAUGGAACCGCGCCAGGGCUCUCGGAGCCGGAAGAGUAUUGGGACGAGGACGAUGAAGACUAUGAUGAUCAAGACCAGGCUUACACCACAGCCCACUCCUUCCGCUCGCGGGACAUGACAACUGGCGGCCCUACAACGUUGCUCCAGCCCAAGGUGUCCGUUCGAAUUAAACUUGAACUAGAGGACGCAAGAAUCGAGGUGGAGCAAACCCGCCAGCCCGAAGAUAUUGAAGAAGAAGCUUGGGACGUUAGCAUGGUUGCUGAAUACGGUGAAGAGAUCUUUGAAUACAUGCGAGAACUUGAGGUCAAGAUGCUCCCCAACCCGCAUUACAUGGAUGUCCAGACGGAGAUCCAAUGGUCAAUGCGCUCGGUCCUUAUGGAUUGGUUGGUUCAAGUUCACAGCCGGUUCAGCCUGCUCCCAGAGACACUCUUCCUCACGGUGAACUAUAUCGAUCGGUUCCUGUCCCAAAAGAUUGUGUCGAUCGGAAAGCUCCAGCUCGUUGGCGCUACUGCCAUCCUCGUGGCUUCCAAGUACGAGGAGAUCAACUGCCCGUCACUUCAAGAGAUUGUCUAUAUGGUUGAUAAUGGCUACACCGCCGAGGAAAUUUUGAAGGCAGAGCGUUUCAUGCUUAGUAUGCUGGGAUUCGAGCUUGGCUGGCCUGGGCCAAUGAGCUUCUUGAGGCGUGUAAGCAAGGCUGAUGAUUACGAUCUCGAGACCCGCACCCUGGCCAAGUACUUCCUCGAGUUAACCAUUAUGGACGAGCGUUUUGUCGCAUCGCCCCCAAGCUACCUGGCUGCAGGGGCGCAUUGUCUCUCACGACUGAUUUUGCAGAAGGGGGAAUGGACUAAGCACCAUGUUCACUACUCGGGUUACACCUGGAACCAGCUCAGACCUCUCGUGAGCAUGAUGAUUGGUUGCUGUGAGCAGCCACGAUUACACCAUGGGGCCGUUUAUGAAAAGUACUCCGACAAGAGGUUCAAGGAGGCCUCGCUGGUUGUUCAGGAAGCCCUUGAACAAGGAUUCGCCUUAUCGCAGUACACGUCGUCACUCCGCAUGCUACCUUCACAGCCUCCUUGCCUGGAUGAUGUCUCAGAUCAGUUGUACCACCAAGGACAUCUCGUUCCUAUUGAAACAUAA